AUGUCUUCAGUCCCAGGACAGGAGGGUAGUCCCCCCCGUCAGCCGUGCCCCCAUUGCCAGCACCUGUACACUUCACGAUCCUUGGAUGAACACCUGGAGAAGAGUCACUUGGGCGUUAAAUGCUAUUUCCCGGGCUCCAGCCUAGUUCUCGCCGAAGAAGAUGAUCACGCCAUGCUCCAGGAGCUGCUCCGCUGCAAUAUGAUGAGCGGCGGUGGGUAUAGGGAUAACGAAUUUUGGUGUCAUUGGCCGAACUGCAACCCGUACAAUUUUCCUCACUCUUAUAAGUAUGAUGGCGGCUUGAAGCGUCAUCUUCGCAUGAAGCAGAAAAAGAUCCAUCUAUACAAUCUCAGCAUUGUUCAGCCUGCCGGUCCUCCUGCAGUUCCCACUUCAGCUGCAGCUCAAGUCCCCGUUCUAGUCCCAGCUCAAGUCCCCGUCCCGGUCCAGGCUCCGGUCCCGGCUCAAGUCCCGGCACCCCUUGCCAUGCCUGCCCCAACCCCAUCCCUGGUCCCUGUUCCGGUCUUUGCCCCGCCGGCUAAUUCUCCGCCUGAUCAAGCCGUGAUCGACGAAGCGGUGCUUCAGGUACGCCUAGCAAUGGCACGACGAGAUGCCAAGUACGAGUGUUUUCGAUCUAUGAUCAUGACAGAGGACCCCAACGAAACAUUGACUCCGGAUCAGCGUAUGAAGUUCCGCAUGGAAAUCCAGGAGGUGAACGACGCCGUCGACGAAGCUCUCCGUAGGAUCUUCGAUAUUGUUGGCUACGGCCCCAACGGCAGCCUCGAGGAGCUUUGGGACACCUAUUCGGGCCUCAUCUAUAGCGUACAGCUCUUUAUGAAGUUCUGGCUUAACCACUUCACGGUGGUUGAUGAUCAAGUGCAGGAGUGGAACAAAUACUGUGUUCAGCAUAUUGAGUUCCAGUUGGCUGUUGACAAGAUCCUUGAGGGGGUCAAGAAAAUACCUUGCCAACAGGCGCAGCAGCCCGUCAAGAUUGAGGAGUCCGGUGUUAAGAUUGAACAGCCUAACUAG